UGUUAACGACUGAUCAUAGGGAAUCAUGGAUUUAUUGUUUACAAAUUUUAACUCCAAGUUUUGGCCGAGUGAUUUAUAUUGCAUUUAUAUUUUCUAUACAAUCUAAAUACAUAAUAAUAGAAAAAGAUUAAAAUCGACGUGGACCUGUUGUAUGCAGGACUACAAAAGAUGCCGGGUGGUUUUGGUGAACAAAUUGAGGAUUAUGAAGUUUUAAAUUUACUUGGAAAAGGUGGUUUCGCUAGUGUCUAUAAAGCAAAAUGUUUAUGCAAUGGAAUGGAAGUUGCUAUCAAAAUGAUUGACAAGAAAUCGAUGCAAGCUGCUGGCAUGUUGGACAGAGUUUUUCAAGAAGUAACAAUUCAUUCUCGUUUAAAACAUCCAGCUAUUCUAGAAGUAUAUACAGUCUUUGAGGAUAAUAAUUAUGUUUACAUGAUCUUAGAAUUAUGUCACAAUGGUGAACUUCAAAAUUAUUUAAAAAAGCAAAAGACUCAUACGUUGUCCGAGCAAGAAGCUGGAAGUAUCAUCGCACAAGUUGUACAAGGUCUAUUAUUUCUACAUUCUCAUUUAAUACUUCAUAGAGACAUAUCGUUAUCGAAUUUGCUGUUAACUAAAAAUAUGCAAGUGAAAAUUGCUGAUUUUGGAUUAGCUACGCAAUUAAAAAGACCGGAUGAAAAACAUUUAACCAUGUGUGGUACACCUAAUUAUAUAUCACCAGAAGUUGCAACUAGAUCGUCUCAUGGUUUGGCAGCUGACGUUUGGAGUUUAGGCUGCAUGUUAUAUACUCUUGUAGUAGGCAAGCCUCCAUUCGAUACAGAUGCUGUAAAGAGUACUUUAACACGAGUAGCAAUGGCUGAUUAUGACAUGCCAACCAAUUUGUCUAACAAUGUUAAAGAUCUUAUAGAUAAAUUAUUGAAAAAAAAUCCUAAGGAAAGGAUUAAUUUAAAAGACAUUCCACAUCAUCCAUUUAUAACAAGUUUGAAAACGAAUAAAACAUCUAAUAUAAGUGAUAUACAAGACAAAGUUGGUCAAGUUAGAGAAUUAUUAGGAGAAUGUAUGAUUGAUUCCGGAGUGGGUAAAACAUUAUCUUCCUAUAGCCAAGCUAGGAUACGUUCUCAUUCGGAAGAACGUUUAUGUACAACCCCUAUGCUGUCUAGUGGAUUUGGACCUUUCAGUGCAAGUGCAAUCAGUGCAAAAAGUAAAGCUACAUCUGAACCGAUAACGAAAAUGCGUUCAUUACAAAAAAGACAGUUGAUGGAUCAAUUUCCUAAAAUAGAUUCUGUAUUUUAUGAUAUGUCGCCGCCCCAAUCAAGCAGAAUCCUUUCUCAGAAUGUUCAACACAGCGAUUGUGAAUCUUGUUGUGAAAGUAGAAGACAGAAAGUGGUAGAAAAGCAAAGACGAAAGAAAAAGAGUAGUGAACACUUAUGUAAUGGCGAAGGUAAUGAAGAAGUAGCCAAAUUACAAGUACCACGUUUGAGUACAGAACGACUGCAACCGACGAGACAUAAAUCAAAAACAGCAAUACUUACUAUCCUUGAAAAUGGUGAAGUUUGCAUUGAAUUUAUCAAACGAAGAAAUGGAGUUGAAAAAAUAGAUGAAGUAUGCAGAAUUUCAGGUGACGGUUUAAGAGUGAUACUUUAUAAGCCGUCAUCUCCUUUAGAGAUUGGUUCCCAACCUCCACCAUUACCAAGUCAUGGUGCCGAUAGUAUUUAUUCUUAUGAAAAUUUACCAUUGCGUCAUCAUAAAAAAUAUAUAUAUGCUUCUCGUUUUGUUCAACUUGUUAGAGGUAAAACUCCUAAAAUUACAUUAUAUACCCAACAUGCUAAGUGUUUGUUUAUGGAAAAUGGUCCACAUCCUGAUUGCGAAGUACAUUUUUAUAAUGGAGUAAAAGUUACAUUUGUCAAUGGAACUGUAAAGAUUACAGAAGGAGGUAAUACUUAUGUCGAAGGUGAAUUUCCUACACAUUUGGAUGAAUUUUACGAACACUACUCGAACAGCUACAAACGUUGUUUGAUAUUAGAAUCUGCUUUACAAUCUUUAGAAUCGGCAACAGGUCAUCCAAAUUUUCCUAUCAUAAUUGGACGUAGGCCUUGUUCGGCCUUAAAUGAUAGACCUUGUUUGCAAGGCAAAGAGAACGUUUCUCAUACCACUAAUAGUAUACCAAUUAUGCCUUCCUUUGAUGCCAUGUAUUCGGUUGGGUCAACAAUAACAUCACGAUCAAGAAAAAUGAAUUCUGUUCAUAGUACAAAUUGUGACAUAGAAAAAGUAACUGUUCCAGGAAUAGGUAUUGCUAUGGAAUUACCAUCAGGAGAUAUUAAAAUAGAUUACAAAGAUGGAUCUUCAUUGACUGUAAUAACACAAAAUUGCGGUGGUGGUAUUAGGUAUGAAACAAGUAAUGGUAAGAUAUUUAAAUAUAGUCUAAAAUGUCAACAAAAUUUGGAAGUACCAUAUAUGAUAAAAGAAAAAUUAAAACACGUUGAAACGGUUCUCAGACAUCUUGCGCAAAAAAAGCAUAAAAAUAUAAGAUAGUUAUAGAUUUUUAAUAUAUACAUACAUAUAUAUAUAUAUAUAUUU